AUGUCUUACGAUCGAGUUUUGCCCAGGCCCAUUGGCCUCUGCUAUGAUGUCUCCGGACGUGACCUGCCAAUCCGCAGCGCCGAUUCAUUACUUGAUCACAGGUUUCCGGGCAGUACUUUGAUUCGGAGCAGCUUCGAAAAGUAUGACUAUCCGUCAGUACCAUUGCAAGUGAAGCCCCUGGCGGCAGGAUCCGCGAGGAAUUCUAUUUCGGAACCGGAAAUGGGUUGCCAGAAGUCUCUGGUUACGGAAACGCCAGCAGUCUCGCAGCCACAGAUUGGUCGGAAACGGGUGGCCUCAAUUGCUGCCUCUGACCUGCGAAGAGAGGAACGUGCAGCAUCCGCAAGCUCGUCAAAAUCUACUUCGUCGAGGGAUUCCGGUGUGCAGUUCUGUCUCUGUCAGCCAGACCCGAAGAUUCCUCGUCCUAGAAAUGCUUUCAUUUUGUUUCGACAACACUUUCAGGCCGCAGUUGUUGCUCAAAAUCCGGGCCUUGCGAAUCCUGACAUCUCCAAGAUCAUUGGAAAGAAGUGGAAGAGUCUUUCGCUCGAAUCCCAGCGGGACUGGAAGAAUCUUGCCGAAGAAGAAAAAGCCAGACACCAGCAGCAAUAUCCUGGCUAUCGCUACCAACCACGUCGUCCUGGGCGUAAGGGCAGUACUGUUGGCGGUGGGAUUAACAACAAUCCCACCGGAGCAUCCGUUUGCAACAGGUGUGGUGGCAGGAUCAUGAAUCCACCCUCGACUCCUACCACGCCCUUUGCCCCGGCCAUGCAGACCCAGGACGACUCUUGUGUGCCGCCACAGGCCAACGGGCAGAGGUACGGCAGUCUUGACGGACGAUUCCCAAGGAAAGAAACGAGAUCGCUGAGUCCGAUACACGUCAAUCCCAAUUGUGAAUGGGGAGCGACGUUUCAGCCGCAAUAUCGUGAUGGUAGUGGGCUCCUGUCCCCGGGUAUCAAACGACGACAAUCCACCCAUAUUCCCGCGCGUCGAAAUCUGAGUCCGGGGGAGGCAUACUCUCCCCGCAAUGCGUCGUUCACUCGCCCAGCGCCACUGCAACCCAGAAACGCUCUUGGAAUGGACCCCUCGCGACCUUAUGGAAUGGCAAGUCUCUCUGAGCCGGUGCAUGGAUCAAGCCUGACGUUACCGCCACUGCAGACUUUAGCCGCUUCGCAGCAGAACCAUCAAAAAGAAGUUGAGAACAUGGUCAUGACGAUUCCAAUUGUUAAUAAGAUCAAGGUACUAUCGAAGAUAUCCCCGCCCUUUACAACCACAAAAGCUGCAAAUCCGGGUAGGGGUGCAGUGAUCGCAGUCGAGGGCCAGGAUGUAGGCUCGGUCAGAAGUAUACUUCAAUAUUUAAAGGGAGUUCUUUCAUCCAAAAGGGGGCAGGAUGUUCGAGUUUUCGAGGGACCGGAUCUCAGUUCUCCCACGAGUCUAGCAAAACUCGAAAAUAGUCGUGAUGCAACUGUACAGUAUCUGGAGACCAUUUCAGCCUGGCACAAAAUCUCCGAAGAGAUUGUGGACUAUAUCAAUGGUUCUGGGUCACCGCCAGACCGCGAGCUGGAUCGCGAUAAGCUUGAAGCGGAGGUCUCACCCAAGUCACUUGGUCCUUACGCAGCUAGAAUGGGCACGCGCCGUUUGGGCAGUCCAAUCUCAGCGCCAACGGACUCGACAUUUCGAAUCGCCUUGGUGCCGCAAUAUCAACUCAGCACCGCAGAUGCGCAUGCAUGCGCAACUCCCAUCAACGACGCAUAUGCGCCGAUUGACCACUGGCAGUGGAUGGCGUCUCUCUGGCGGGGUUGCGUGGGACCCGAUAUCACAGUGCACAUACGCAGCUGCUACAAAGAAGAAUUGGCCGAGUUUGGCGAAGGAAAUCCAGUGGAGAUCCGCCUCGAUGACGCGCGCGCACUGGUGGUGAGACGGCUUAGUGGCUCUCCGGGGUCGAUUGAGGAAAAGGCACUUAGAAGAAUCGGGUUUGAAGUGGAGGAGUUUUUGCGGAAGUGA